AAAUGAGUUUUGGCGAAUUUGUGAGAUUAACAAUGGUAAUUUUAUUAAUCUGUUGAAUGUAAUGCAUUUUGAGAAUCUUCGUUGGAAUAUGAUGAAGAUGGGUUUUGCAAUCGUGUCUGCAGACAAUCAGGCUUGGCGGCUUCUGUUUAUGCUUUCGGAUUUGAAGCUUGACUCUUUUUGUUUUUCUCUUUUGACUGCGAUGAAGUUGAAAAUGACUGCACCAGAUAAACUUCAAUACCAUCCCAUGGUUCUCAGCAGCACCACUGAACAUGUCUCUGGUGAGUUCACUUCCAUGCCUUCUUCACCACCACCGCUAUCACAAACACUCUCCAAUUUUACAGAGAUACUUCUCAACCUUCAACGCAAAAUCUUCUCUUUCUCUUUCCACCAAAACCCUCCAAUCACAAGCACAAACCCCUUCUUUAGCCAGCAAAGCCUCAACCCAUGAAGUCGUCUUUCUCCAAGAAUUAACCAGUCUCUGUCAAUCCAAAAACCUCGCCGAAGCUUUGUAUCUCUUGCAAGAAAACCUACACACGGCUCAAGCCAGAGAAGGUAUAGGUUUGUUAUUGCAAGCCUGUGGACAACAAAAAGACAUCGAAGUUGGUAAAAGAGUCCAUGAAAUGGUUUUGGGUUCGACCCAGUUUAGUGAUGACUUGGUUCUCAACACUCGUCUCAUUACUAUGUAUUCCAUGUGUGGGUCUCCAUUGGAUUCUCGUAGCGUUUUCGAUGAUUUAAAGACGAAAAAUCUGUUUCAAUGGAAUGCACUAGUUAGUGGGUAUACUAGAAAUGAGCUUUAUGAUGAUGCAUUGAACAUGUUUGUUGAAUUGCUUUCCGCUACGGAGCUUAAACCCGAUAAAUUUACUUUGCCUUGUGUUAUUAAAGCUUGUGGGGGAAUUGGUGAGGUGGGGUUUGGAUAUGUUAUUCAUGGGAUGGCUGUGAAGUUAGGUUUGAUUGGAGAUGUGUUUGUGGGUAAUGCUUUGGUUGCAAUGUAUGGGAAAUGUGGGUUUGUUGAUGAAAUGGUGAAAGUGUACGAGUUUAUGCCUGAGAGAAAUUUGGUUUCUUGGAAUUCUAUAAUUUGUGGGCUUUCUGACAAUGGUUUUGUUAAUCAAAGUUUUGAGUUUUUUAUGAAGAUGAUGGGAUCUGAGGAAGGUUUGAUACCAGAUGUUGCAACUCUAGUGACUAUGUUACCAGUGUGUGCAGUGGAAGGGGAUGUGAAAAUGGGAAGGCUGGUUCAUGCUUUAGCAGUAAAAUUGGGGCUGAAUCAAGAGAUGAUGGUGAACAAUGCCUUGGUUGAUAUGUAUUCAAAAUGCGGGUACUUAGCUGAAGCCCAAAUCUUAUUCGAUAAAAACAGUAACAAAAAUGUUGUUUCUUGGAAUACCAUCAUUGGGGCUUUUUCUAUGACAGGAGAUGUAUGUGGAACAAUUGAUUUUCUACGCAGAAUGCAGAUGAAAAAGGAGGAAAUUCAGGUAAAUGAGGUCACAAUUUUGAAUGUAUUAACAGUUUGUUCAGAGAAGUCGGAGCUGUUGAGCUUGAAGGAACUUCAUGGUUAUUCAUUGAGACAUGGGUUACAAAAUGACAAACUGGUAGCCAAUGCUUUUGUUGCUGCCUAUGCAAAGUGUGGACUUGUUACUUCUGCUGAGCAUGUCUUUUAUGGUAUGGAGUCUAGGACAGUAAGCUCCUGGAAUGCACUUAUUGGUGGUCAUGCUCAAAAUGGUAAUCCUUCACAGGCUUUAAAAUUUUUCAUUCAAAUGAUGAACUCAGGCUUAGAACCCGACUGGUUUAGCAUUGGUAGCCUCCUGCUAGCUUGCACUCAUCUGAAAUCCCUACUCCAUGGCAAAGAGAUUCAUGGAUUUGUGCUACGUAAUGGGUUAGAAACAGAUUCUUUUAUUGGCAUCUCAUUACUAUCACUUUACAUGCAUUGUGAGAAAUUGUCUUCCGCAAGAGUACUCUUUGAUGUAAUGAACAAUAAAAGUUUAGUAUCUUGGAAUGCAAUGAUAGCUGGUUACUCACAGAACAAACUUCCAGAUGAAUCCCUAGUUCUCUUCCGAGAGAUGUUAUCUAAUGGAAUUCAACCCUGUGAGAUUUCCAUAAUGAGUGUGUUUGGUUCUUGUUCCCAGCUAUCUGCCUUGCGGCUGGGGAAAGAAACUCAUUGUUAUGCUCUAAAAGCUAGCUUCCUAGAUGACAUAUUUGUUGGCUGUUCAAUCAUAGAUAUGUAUGCCAAAUGUGGCUGUAUAGAACAAUCUCAAUUCAUUUUUGACAGGUUUAAAGAUAAAGAUGUGGCAUUAUGGAAUGCUAUGAUCAUGGGUUACGGAAUACACGGAUAUGGAAAAGAGGCAAUAGAGCUAUUUGAAAAUAUGCAGGCACUGGGUAAGAAGCCUGAUGGCUUCACAUUUGUUGGUAUAUUGAUGGGCUGUAGCCAUGCCGGGUUGGUUGAAGAUGGGCUGAAAUAUUUCACCCAGAUGCAGAACUUCCAUCGGGCAAAGCCAAAACUAGAGCAUUAUGCAUGUGUUGUCGAUAUGCUGGGUCGUGCAGGAAGACUAAAUGAUGCUCUAAAACUCAUAGAUAACAUGCCUGAGGAACCAGAUGCCAGAAUCUGGAGCUCAUUGCUGAGUUCUUGCAGAACCUAUGGUGCUUUGGAUACUGGAGAAAAAGUUGCUGAGAAGUUGUUACAAUUAGAGCCAGACAAAGCAGAAAAUUAUGUGUCGCUCUCAAAUCUAUUUGCUGGAUCAGCAAAGUGGGAUGAUGUGAGGAAAAUUCGGCAAAAGAUGAAGGGGAUUGGCCUGCAAAAGGAUGCUGGCCACAGUUGGAUUGAACUUGGAGGGAAUGUCUAUAGCUUUGUUGCAGGUGAUACAACAGUACCAGAAUCAGAAGAGAUCCGAGGAAUGUGGAGAACAUUAGAGCAAAAAAUUAGUGAAAUUGGUUAUAAACCAUACACAGAUUGUGUGCUUCAUGAAGUAACAGAAGACCAGAAGAUAAACAUAUUGCGCGGCCACAGUGAGAAGCUUGCAAUUUCUUUUGGGCUGCUAAAGACAAGAAAAGGCAUCAAACUGAGGAUUAACAAAAACCUGAGAAUCUGUGUAGAUUGUCAUAAUGCUGCUAAGUUAAUUUCAAAGGUUGCUGAAAGGGAGAUAACUGUGAGAGACAAUAAACGGUUUCACCAUUUCAGAGAUGGUUUCUGCUCUUGUGGUGAUUACUGGUAGGCGGAAGAAACUCAGAAACAGAACACAAAUUUUCUCACAACAAUGGAAUUGCUUGAGCUUCUUUUCCCAUUGGACAUUUGCCCUUUAUUCUUAGAUUCAUUAACCAACCUGCCACAUACAUACCUUCCUAAUUUAGAUGGUAGAGUGAAUAUGUAAAUGAGAAGGCAGAUUUAUUAUUAGGCCAAAUAACGGUUUCACACCCAAGGUUGGAUGAAAUAACCAAUUCUCACUUGCUAACUUUUAAAAAACCAAUUUUUCAC